AUGCCGACACCCCAGGCACCUUUGUCACCUGGCCAUUUCUGCCACCCUUCCACUCUCUGCAAUUUCACAUUGAUCCUUGAUGGUCAGUUUAUGAGUUUGGGCAAAAUAUCAGACUCAGAUGCAGCUAUUACCCUCUCAUGCACUGGAUUGGAAAUGACUCUGCUACAGCAUUGGUUGCAUGCAUUUAACCUUCAUAUCCUUGCAAGCUGUCUUUAUAGCAGGUUUAAGAAGCUGGGUGAAAUCACUGAUCUGCAUAAUGCUAGCAGCAAAGCCCGAGCAGCGUUGGCCUUGACCUUGGAGCAAAGCCCUGACCAGCUGCAUGUUCUCUGUAUGCUGUCACACUGUCUCAGCGAAUCAUACAGGGUCCAGGGAGAAGUGGCUGAUGCAGAAGGAGAGGAAGCUGUUGCUCUUGGGGAAGCUGCUCUGCAACUCACUCUACUGGACUGUCCAGAGAGACCACUAGUUCUUUGCACCCUUGCAAAAGUGGUUUGGUAUAGAUCCAAACAGCGAAGUUCAAUGGUUGAUUUGGAAAGGGCCAUAAAGCUUGUACAAGAUGCACUGGAGCUCAGUUCACCGAAGUGUCCUCUGCACCCAGUAUACCUUGGUCUGCUCGCAAAUUGCUUCUAUGACAAAUUCCGACAAGAAGGCAUUCUAGCCAAAUUAGAUGAGGCCAUGACGCUUUCAAGAACUGCGCCAGAGCUCACCUUGCCAGGUCAUCUCUAUCGGCCAUUCUGUCUCAACACUCUUUCAGUUCUCUCCGACUUGAAGGAGGCAGUUAUGCUGCGACAAGCAGUAGUGGAACUCUGCCCAGUGGGACACCCUGACUCUGUUGCACUGUGGAACAGCCUCACAUUGAGCAUCCAAGAUUGGUUUCAGAAACAUGACACAAGCACUGAAUUGGAUAAUGUGAUCACACAUGGACACCUCAUCCUGGAUCUGUGCCCAUGGGGAUAUCCAGAUCAUACUGUAGCUGUUGAGAGUCUGUCGACUUGUCUUAGGAAGAGGUUCCGCAAGCAAGGCACAAUCAGUGAUCUUGAUGAGGGCAUUGCACUGUGUAAGGAGGCUGCAGAACUGUGCCCAUCAGAUUGCCCCACACGUUCCUCCUUACUCCAUGAAUUGGCGCUCUGCCUCAGUGAAAGGUCCAAAAGACCAAAUGCUGUGUUGGAGGAAGCAAUCGCUGUUGAGAAGGCUGCACUUGUACUUCAUCCACCCAGGCACCUCAGACGUGCUGAGUCACUCCAGACUCUGACACUUUUUCUGAGGAACUGGUGCAGGGAUACAAACGGUGAUUUAGAAGAGGCAACACUGCAUGGCCGAGUGGCAUUGGGACUCUGUUCACCAGACCAUCCUACUCGGCCUUCCUGCCUUCAUACCCUUGCACUUUGCCUUUGUGACAGGUACCAGAAGCAGAAUAUGAGUGCCAAUAUCAAUGAGGCUGUUACAUUGCUUCGAGUGGCUUUGGAGUUACGUCCCCAAGGACAUCCAGAUCAACCUUCUAUGUUGCAUGGACUUGCGCAGGGUACUGUGGCCAACUUAGACGAUGCCAUUGCACUUGAACAAUCAGCACUGGAUCUUUGCCUUCCAGGAUCUCCUGACUAUGUGAUUUCUCUCUCUUGCCUGGCACGCUUCAUCCAAGCAAAGACGAGGAAGCAAUGGGUGGGGAUGUGUCCAUAUUUAGGUCCUCAGGUCACAUUUGAAUGUCUCAAAAUGAUUCUGAACUUCAAGAGCAGCUGUCAAUAUGAAGAACUAUUGUUCUGCAUUCGUUCAGCGAUCCAUGCCCACUUCCACAAGUCAUCAUUGCAUGACAUCGAAGCUGGGGGAGAUGGUCUGUCAAAGCUCCAAGCAUUUUGCACUGUCAUUUUGCAGCAAGGCUACUUGUGGGUGGACAACAUCAUGGAACUACAGGAGAUGAUCAAGUUGAUGUUUUCAUGGUACUGGUGGUCUGCUUUGACAUUGGUCUAUCUAUCAGAUGUUGCUGAACCUGGUUCACUCUGUCACAGUACUUGGCUAAGGAGAAGUUGGACACUCUUAGAGUUACUGGCACCCUGCACCAUACUGUUCUACAUGAAAGAUUGGUCGCCUUAUGUGGGCCACAAGUCAUCUAACCAUAAAACGGAUUUGACUUUCCUCUAUGAACUGGAGAAGGCGACAGGGAUAGCAUUGUGCUACCUCACUGAUUUUCAUCCAGGCAUCGACGAGGCCCAAUUAUGGCUGCAGUGGGACAUGGCAUACACACUGUUUGGAAUUUUUGGGCUCCAUUUGCCUAUACAUUAUGGAGAAUCUGCUGAGAUAGCCCUUGGAUGUCUCCUGGCAGAAAUAAUCUUGCAGUCCUGGGACAUCUCCAUCUUGGAUUGGGUUGGAAAGCCUUCAUCCAUCACCUCAUAUCCAUUUCUGGAAAAGCCUACAUCAUGGCCAUUGUUGAAGGUAGCUGCAUGCAAGAAGUAUCGUUCUCUGUCCAACUUGACCUUGCCACAAUUCUACAAUCAGACACUCAAAUUACCGUGUGUUGUUCGUCGCAUAAAACUGGUGAAAUUGAUGCAAAUUCAAUUGGCCAGGUUGAAGCCUCUGGAACUUACAUUAUUGGAAAUGCUCAAGGAUGGAUCUGAGUGGUUGAGGGUAAAGCUCCCAUAUAUUUUAGAAAACGAUGCAGGCUAUGAGCAGUGGCUGGAACAGCCAUUCAUUGCACUGCUGAUUGCAUCUUUUUGCCACAUUGUUGCUUACCUGGUAGAUUUCUUGGCAGGCGAGGUCACUACUUUGACUGUAGUGUAA